AUGCCAAGAAGGAGCAAAGGUCGUCAAAAGGUUGCCAUGGUGAAAAUGCAAAGUGAGAGUAACUUACAAGUGACUUUCUCUAAGCGUCGUGCUGGUCUCUUCAAGAAGGCUAGUGAACUUUGUACACUAUGUGGUGCUGAAAUUGCCAUUGUGGUAUUUUCCCCCGGCAAGAAAGUUUACUCAUUCGGCCACCCUUGUGUAGACUCGGUGGUGGAUAGGUUCCUCGCGAGGAACCCACCACCAAAUAAUGAUGGCCACAACCAGCUCAUUGUGGCUCAUCGAAAUGCUAGUGUUCGUGAGCUCAAUCUAGAGCUCACGAACAUCGAGGGAAUUCUCCAGAUGGAAAAAAAUCGCGGAGAAUCCCUAGAAGCAAUCAGGAGGAGAGCUAAUGGUCAUUGGUGGGAAGCUCCGGUUGAAGUACUUAACCUUUUUCAACUCCAACAACUGAAGGAGGCAUUGGAAGCUCUAAAGCAAAAAGUUGAAAAAGAGGCACAACACCAGCAAAUGGUGACUAAUAAUGCAUUCCCAUUUCUCACAUUUGGAAGUGCUUUGGCUCCUACUAAUGGUGCUAGGGCAAGCUCUUCAUAUGGUUCUUUCCCAUUUCAAAAUAGGGUUUCUGGAGGACUCAAUUUUGGUUCACCCUUUGCUAGUAGGGCCAAUGGAUCUACCUCUUCCGUAGUUCCCAAGUAG